AAUUAAUUAGACUAUUUUCAUCCAUGGCUUUUUGCUAAGGCUGUUCUGUUUAUGUGGAGCACUCGAAGGAGAUGGAGAGGUCAAUUCCUCAGAGCAACUCAGUUACCAACAAACGGAGAAGAAGGAAGAUGGGUCUGGAUCGGAUUGUUUGCGGCUGAGCUCUGGUUUGGCUUCUACUGGAUCCUCACUCAAUCCUUGCGCUGGAAUCCCAUCUACCGGCGAACCUUCAAGGAUAGACUCUCCAAAAGACAUGAUGAAAGCAACUUACCGAGGGUGGAUAUUUUUGUCUGCACGGCGGAUCCGGAGAUAGAGCCGCAGAUUAUGGUGAUCAACACUGUUUUAUCCGUCAUGGCCUAUGACUACCCUCCGGAGAAGCUUGCCAUCUACCUCUCCGAUGACGCGGGUUCCGAGAUCACCUUUUAUGCCCUCUUGGAGGCCUCUAAGUUUGCUAAGCAUUGGAUACCAUUUUGUAAAAAAUUCAGCGUCGACCCUCGAUCUCCGGCGGCUUAUUUUACGUCAUCUCUUGACACAGAAAAUGCAGCCUGUCCUGGCGAAUCAGCAGCUAUCAAGAAAAUGUACGAGGAAAUGAAGAAUCGAAUCGUAACUGCAUCCGAAGCAGGUAGAAUUUCAGAAGAAUUACGCUCAAAACAUCAAGGAUUUUCGCAAUGGGACUCAUAUACUUCUCGACGUGACCAUGACACCAUUCUGCAAAUAUUAAUUGAUGCGAAAGACCCGAAUGCCAUGGAUAUUGAAGGAAAUGUGUUACCAACUUUGGUAUAUUUGGCUCGCUUCUCGGAGACAACCUUUGUAAUCUCAGCUAAAGUCUCCGACCAAGAUGUCUCCAACAGAUACAAGAAAGAGAUGAUGGAAUUUGGAGAUUCAUCGCCUAUGUCUACUAUCCUUGCAACAAUUGCAUUGAUCAACCUGUUCUGUUUAGUUGGUGCGGCGAUGAAGAAAGUUGGGUUGGAUGAAAAAAUGUUUGUGCAGAGUCUUCUUUGCGUUGUUCUGGUACUCAUCAACAUUCCUCUGUAUCAAGGACUUUUCUUUAGGGAGGAUAAAGGGAAAAUACCCAAGAAUGUAACAAUCAAAUCUGUUGUCCUGUCUCUCUCUGUUUGUUCCUGUUUUACAUUCAUGUAUUAAAGCUCAACUGGAUAUAACUUUUGAUGCUUUGAUUUUCUUUUCUUAUGUAGUUUUGGUUUCAUAUAUUUUGAGAAAAUAAUAAUGGAGAUUAUAUGAAUAUAAUCUAUUAUUUUAC